AUGUUGUUUAAUUUAGUGACGAAUGGAGGCAAAUCCUGUUUUUCUGAUGGGUGGAUAAUCUCUCCAACUGAAGCUAGCGGCAUUUCACGACAAGAAGAGCAUCCUUCUGCCCUUCUUCGUAGUGAUACUGCGUCCAGCGCAGAAGGCUGCCAGCGCCUUUGCCAGGGAUCCGGAGAACGCUGCGUGCUGUGGGAAUGGGAUGUGCUACAGAAGCACUGCCGAUUAUGGGGGACGGGCAUUACUCUACGCAGAGUAGACAACCUCCCUUUGGGCUUGUCGGCGUACUCGUCUCCUUUUGAUGAAGAUGAGCCUGUUGACACUACAGGUGCUCAAAACAAAGACGACAGAAUGAGGAAGAGGCUUGAGUCGAUGAGGGCUGUUGUGGGGCCAAGUGUUUGUGCAGAGGAAUCAUUCGUACAAUUCCGCGAAGGCAGUGAAGAUGUACUGCGUGCCGCGCAAUGCACGUUCCCGACAGUAAGUUCGUUUCCGUGGUUAGUGAUGGAGAAUUUUGUAGUUGGCACCUCUACUGCGACAAUAAAAGAUGUCGGAUCGUCAUUUUCAUACGAUGGUAGAGUCGACGGGCGCAACAGGUAUGCCGUCAUAUUGAAAUCAGCUGCAAGUACAUUAAAAUACGAGGAGGCGGAUAACUCCAUGACGCAAAUAUACCAUAACGCCCUACCCACAACCGCAAUGUCAGGCGUUCUUGUUGGAGUUGACAGCAAAACCCCUUACUUGAAUGCUACAACGGACAGAGUCGCCUCCAUAAACGAAUGCCAGACGCUGUGUAAAAAUACGAGCGGAUGUCAGUUCUUUACGUUUUACAUCGACGGGCGUUCUGGCACAAACUGCGUUCUCAAAUCUACUGUGCGCCUGAAUGAAGCGUUUAUCCAUCCUGUUGCCGUCACUGGAGACAAAACAAAUACUACUGCUCUAGCAAUGCGCGGUAUGAAAUUUGGAUAUGAAAUGAAGAGCAGCACAAUCGUUGCGCCUUAUAAAGCUUCAUCUUCAGGUUAUACGUACAGUGAGCUCCUCACGAUGAGCUCACGCGUGGAUCAGCUGGCCAAAGAGGCGUGUACUCUGCUUGGAACUAACGGAUACGCAGUUAUAGACUAUAUGAGCCGGACGGCUCAUGCAGUCCCGGCAAGCGAUGCCGUGGAGAGAUACAUGCCCAGUUUCAACUAUAUUGACUGCAGCAAAGUAAACUGA